CCUGCAUGCGUGGUUCUCUGCUUCUGUAGUCAUUUAUUUUAUUUCCUUGCUUAUUUGCUUGCUCCUCUCCUGGUUUAUCAGACAUCAUUGUUUUGUUCAUUAGGGAUCAUCUCCAGGUUAGGUCAUACGACAGGUGAGUUAUGAUGGCUGGAGUGCGAUUGCGGUGUCCCGGGUAGGUACCCUAAACGCGGCUGACCAGCCAUUAACAUUGUAAAACCGUGCCAUCACCACCACAAACAGCUCCAGCCUUAGGCUGAGGAAAGUGCUAUUAGUGACCGACCUACGGAGUGGCCGUAAAAUGACAGUAAAUCUGAGUUGUACAAACGGUAAGUACAAAGUGCUGAAGUAUAGUGGGAUUGUUUUCCCAUUGUGGACGGCACCAUGAAAUGAAGCUUUGUAACAUUAACUGGCACUGAAUCAAGAAAAACGACUGGCUUUAUUUACAUGGCAUAUGUUAUUUAUAACGAGUGGUUGUAUUGUUUUAAAAGUCUGAUUCUUAACUAAUUAAAGCUUAAGGACAGCAACGCCCUCUACUAUCUCAUACCCCUUCCGGAUGGUACCCUUAACUGCAGACGGAGAAUGACAAAAAGGAAGUUACUUUGCCACUAGCCAAGUUGUGUACCAUUUUACUUACUGCACUUGUAUUAACAGUCACACAAAGGAAACAGUGUCUAUAGGACGGCAGGUCAGUGCAACAGCAGGUUGUACUCUUUGAAGGGUACCUGUGUGCUGUUAAACCAAUCCACAUCUGUGACUACAUUGCGUUUUGGUGAAAUCAGCACUCCGACUUGUACUGGAUGAGAUAUUCAACGGGUGCACAAUGAUGUUCCAGCUGUGGAAAUAUUAAAAGACAACAACGUAGUUAGCAAUAGGUUUUAACCAUUAUAGCUUGUUAGUUAUCCCGCCGCAACUGACUGCAGUUAGAGCCGCCGGAGGUAUUGAGCGUCCACUGGCGGCGACGAGUGACUUGGCAGCUCCUCCCCCAUAGUGUCUCCUGCACUCUGCAGAGGGGAAAAAAGGACACUGGGACGUGAUCAGGUUCCCAAGGAUGGAAAGUUGGAUGCAGUCUUUUUAGAAGAUACUACGAAGCAAGAAAUUGAACUAGUCUGAAUAAAGCUGAACAAAGAAACAGUCGGGUGCAACAGUGUGGGGGCUUUGGCCACAAAAAAUAAAUAAAUACAUCAGCUUUGCAAUGGAAACUCUUUCUCAGGACUGUCCCCUGGAAUGUCAGAUCUGCUUCAACUACUUCAGUCCCUGGCGUAGGCCAAAGGUUUUGGACUGCAAGCAUACCUGCUGCUCUGUAUGCCUGCAGCAGAUGCGUACUAGUCAGCGGGAUCUGCGGUGCCCCUGGUGUCGAACAGUCACAAAACUGCCUCCUGGAUUUUCUGUUGCUCAGCUGCCUGAUGACCCAGAUGUAAUUGCUGUUGUUACCUUACCUCAGACGUCUCAACACAGCCCUGUCUUCAUCAGACUCCCUAGCAAUGGAUGCUACAAGUUUCCUGCUACAAAAGAAGGAGUGCUACUUCCAGGGGAUGCAGGUUGCCGACUGCUUCCAGGCAAUCAGCAUAAGUCUGUGGCUGUGGUAACUCUCCCAGCUGAGGAACAGCCGCUGCAGGCUGGGUCCCAACAGGAACCAGAGGAAGAGCAUGAAACAAGAGCAGUUAUGAAAACCUCCACAUGGUCAGGUAUUUGCACUGUGAUUCUCGUGGCGUGUGUCUUACUCUUCCUUCUCGGCAUUGUGCUGCACAACAUGUCAUGCAUAUCAAAGCGUUUUACUGUAAUAUCCUGUGGCUGAUGUACUGUUCUUUGAUUACUACUUAAUGUGAGCCAGUAAUAUGGAAAGAUGUUGCCAGAAUUGAAUUGAACAUCUGCAGUGCAGUGUUAAGCAGACGGGGACAGUAAACAGUGUUUGCUGCAACUUCUUAACAUUGGCGAGAAUACAGCAAAUGAAAACGCAAGCAUUAGUGGAUCAGAAAUGAAAAUAAGAUGGGGAAGAUCCACGAAUGAGACUGCAUGUAGCAUAAUAUAAAAGAUCUGCUGAGAUGGGCUGUAUUUUUAAGUUGUCGUUACAUUAGAAACUUUGACAAAUGUCAGUAUGUAGCUGUUGUUAACUGCACCAUUAGAAACACGGUCUUUCAUAUAACCUGGUGCUGCAGUGUAUGUUCUGAAGAAAAAAAAAGGAUUAAAAAUCACAUUUUAUUUCUGAUGUGAAAGUGGGGACGUUUCCUAUCAGCCUUCUUUCUUUAUAUAUUUUCCCCAUAAUGGAAUAUAAACAUUACUGUAAAUUUAUAUUUUGAUGAUUCAGUUUUAAUUGAAUUUGGGCACGAGCUGAUAUUUUCCUUCUUGUUUUUCAAAUGAUUAAUACUUAUUGCUUUCUAAAAUAAAAGCACAUAAUUUGUACUUUUUAAUGUUUUCGCAAUUGUACCUGCCUGCUGUGCUAUUCUUAAUAUACUUAUGUGCCUUUGGUACAUAAUGAGGAUAGAUGUAAGGUUAUGACCUUAGGCCAGGUUAUGAAUUUGGUGAUAUCACAGUAAAAGCAAUAUGUGUGGGAAAAAAACAAGAGCACUGUAUGUUAACAGCAAAUUUAUUUUUUUUUACUAAUACCUCAGUAUAAUCUUUUUUUAUACAUUGUAUUGCUCUUAAUUUAAACCUGUUAGACUGUUUCAUGUAAGACCUUGUAUAGGCUAGGAAAAAAAAAGCACCUCUCCUAAGUGUAGUUUUUGCAGGAUAUAGGUGGAAAUUUUGUGACCAGUCAUUACAUUUUUUAGAGAAAUGUCUUUGAGGGGUGAAAAUUAACUGUUAAGUAUUGUAGGUGAGUGAUGGAUUAAAUGCUGUAUUCUAGUAUUUGUGAUAAUAAAAAUGGCAUAAGACUUAAUAGAUGAAGUAGGCAUAAGUGCAGGCAACUCUGUUAGGAAUACUUAAAACAUAAUGACCAGUGAAAAGCAACCGGUCAUCAGGAAAAUAAAGGACCCGAGUUUGUGAUCACUGUCUCUAGUUCAAAAUCAAAUAGUGUUUAAAUUGCAGUGAUUUGUGAAAUUUUCUGAUCUCAAGACCCUUAUGAUGGUUACUAUUUGAUGGCCUUAGGAUCACCUUAGUGAUGUGAAUAGUGUUUCUUUGAAAUAAGUUAAGUUUUUAUAAGGCAAUCUCUUAAAAUGCUUAAAACGUUAGUCUUUAAAACAAGGCAUAAGAUUUGUACUUUUUAUUGAAGAGACAGUGGUUUUAAUUUAGAUGUUAUCUCGGCUGCAGACAAUUAACUAUGUGUGCAAAGUACAGAGGUGCACAAGAAACUUUUCCUGUAUAAUGCCAGGUCUUUGUAAGCAAGAAAGCAGUAUGUAGCUAAUAGGCUAAAACCUGCAACCCUAGAAGCAAACAGUAAUCUCUAUGAAGGUCCAGGUGGCAGCCUGUGUUCUGAAGUAAUCUGUAAUUGAGGUACAGCAGUGUAUUUCUUUUGCUUUUUUUUCCAGAAUAUCAGCAAACACAGAUGUAUAGUCUGAAAUAUGAACUGAAUAUAUUGAUGUGAGAGGUAAACAACAGUCUGAUAAAAUGCAGUUAAUGUAGAUGAUUGUAAAAACUGUGAAAAUAUCUUGGUAUAUAAAGAUUUGUGUUUGAAUAAUUUGAAAAGAUUUCUAAUUUGUCUAAUCUGACUACACUUUCUACUGUUUAUGCUUAAGCCAUACACUUUUUAGCAAUGCUGUGAAAAACAAUCUUUCUUCAUUUUCUUUAUUGUUAUACUUGGCUGAAGGCCAUUCAUUUUCCAAAAAUAUAUUUUGUUUCAUAGCUUUUUGAUUCAUAGUUCUGUUUUAAAUACUAAAACUACUUCUGUCUUGGCUGUAUUUGUCCUAAUUAUUAUGUGGUAUCAGCUUUGAGUGUGAAAAAACAAGCUGGCUUUGUGCAGUCAGCAGUACACUAGAUUAUAGCUUGUCGCCCAUUAUCCGCUUGCAGCUGCCUGCGUCCCCAGUUUAUAUGCUUGCUAGGUUUAUCUUUAGAACAUCGUGUACAUGAAACCAUUACAGCUGAGGGAUGUUUUCAGUUAAGAAGUAUGCUGCUUAUCUCACUGUUAAGUUUAAGGCAAUGCAUUUGUGACUGCAAAAGCAUUUUACAGAUUUAGAAUGAUACAGAGUGUAACAGAAUAGAAAUUAUGUAAACACAUACAUUUAUGUACACGUAUGUGUAUCAGAGGGUUUUUUUCCACUGCCAUAAAAACAUAAAUCAGUAUCAGUAAUGAAUAAAUGGAUGUUUUUUCAUACUCUAGGCCUCCAUCAGUGCAGUGGAAUGCCAGUUAGAUUUUAAGUCCUUAAGUUUGUUGUUGUAGAUGUCCCAGGUUGGACAGAACCAGCACCUUUCAUAGUCGCAAAAAUAUGCAGAUAAAGCAGUGCAGAUACAGAGGAGGUGGUACAUACCUUCAUAAAAUUCUUGUUAGGUGCUCUGAUGCACAGUUCUUAGGCUAUGAGGACUGGUCCCCUUUUGAAUUAAAAUGUGGAAAUUUGAACAAAAAGAAGAUGAAAAAAGGACUGCCACAACCAUUAUAAAUAUGUAGUUGUACAUAGAAUUUGUGUUGUGUGCUUUUUUAGAUAUCUAAUAGUGUCAUACCCUAUGAAAGAAAUGGACACAGACAUAGUAAAAGAGCUGCGAAAUAAAAUAAUUACUGCACAUAUUUUUAAAAUGUAUACUUUAACCCAUAGGCCAACUUGUGUUUAGAUAUGGCUGAUAAAAGUGGUUAGAGGAACUUUAGUUUUUGCAUGGUUUCUUAAAAUUUCUUCCCUUUAAUUGCUCCUUAAGGGGAUGCAAUCAUGGUGAUUUUUUUCUAGUGGUAUUUAUGUAAACAGGUUAGUAAGGACCCUGGCUGAUCCAAAAUCUUAAAAAUAGAUCUGUAGUAGCAAAAUGUUGUUUGGGCGAAUAAUUUUAAGUAUUUGGAUGUUGAACAGAAUCAGAAACUCAUUUUAAAUGAAAAUGUAACCUUUAUUUCCAGAGUCAUUUAAAAAUGUUUCACUUCCUUAAGAAACACCACCUUGUUAUUAAUAAUCAUCAUUCAAUAGUUUACUUUCUAGGAUUUUAAAUUGUAAUAAAUAUUUUGAAACUAAAA